UUAGGCAAGCACAGAAAAAUUGUCCGUGAAAACAAUGUAAAAUAAUAUAAAAAGGGAUUCACAAUUAGGAUCUGAACGGACCCAAGAUGUUCCUGCAGGCUUGCAAUACUAUACUCUAUGGAGUAAUAAUACUAAGUCUCUUUUUGAUCGAUUACAUAUUGGGAAACGGGUUCGUUGACAUGUCACAAAAAAUGUUCUGCAAAUUUGCAUGUUUCGUGAAGAGGUCCAUCAGGGAGGAGGCGAAACAGGCCUUCAGAAGCGAGAAUCCAAUCAGUCUACCGAUAUUGUUUACUGAAAUUAUAGUUUUGUCUCUGACAAUAGCAUUUUUGAACAAAUACAAGAAGCAUCGAGGACACGACAGGCUGGAUGAACUACUCCACGAGAGCAAGGAAGCUCUGCGUCAGACCAACGUAUUUCUUGAGAAGUGGCGUUUAAAGCGGGUACCUACUGACUAUACUUACUUGGACGACGAGCCGCAGGAGAUCAAGCCACUCAAGCUUGAAGUUCCCAUACUGCAUAUGGCGAUAGUUGACACCCUUGGCACAGCCAGGAGCCAACCUGAAAGUGGAGAUGCAGGUGAUGCAAUCAAUGUCAUCGAUUCCACUCUCCUCUCAUCAACAUCCAUGCUCGAUGAGGAGUUAGACUCGAUACCGGAUUUUGAUUGGAUCGAAGACAAACACGUCGAGUUUAGGAACAGAUUCUUAUGGGACGUGAUGGAGGAAGAUGCCAAUGUGGAAGACUAGAUUGUACUUGUAUGUCUAUCUUGAUUUGUAUUUAUAUAAAACUUAUGUUUUUGUA